AUGUUUCCGACCUUUGACGUUCCUCCUCAGCACUCCGAGACCGUAGGAGCUCGCAAAGCAAGAAGAGCGAAACAAGAGGAAACUGCUCGACGAUCUUCCACAGCAACCUCGCGCUCCUCGGGAAGUGCGAAUAGCACAGCCAGCAAACGUCAAGAUGGAGCAAGUUCAUCAGACUCCAGGACCGAAGGAAAGAGCGGGUUUGGAGGCUGGUUUGGAAAAAAUAGCAAGAAAGGCAUCCAGGAGAUCUCACCGCUAGCGAAUGACAAACCCACAUCGCAUCCAAAAGACCUGAUGAUAGAAUUGGAUACGCCACCUGACGAAGGACCAGCACCACGGACUGCUCCCUUGGAUACAGAUGAACAUGUGUUUCGAAGACCACAGUCACAUCAUUCUGAACGGGAACCUUUUGCUAUUCCGCCGCAGCGUCUCGCUCCACCUUUGACUCCGCUGCCUACUCCUCCUGCGACUCGUUACAGCCCGUUUCCCAUGUCAGAUAGAGCAUCCCAGUACUCCACACAGUCGCGCUCAUCAUCGAACCCGGCCAGUGUUGCUCAAUCAAACAACAGUGUCUUCUCGGGCUCGUCUGGCUACGAGACAGCUCUCUCAGAAGACAGUCAUCAUGAUCCUCGCUAUUCUGUUACAUCACCCAAGCAUCAUCGGCUCAAUGAGGCGCCAGUGUUUGAGCCAGUGGAACGGGGCUCCCGGACUGGAAGUAGACAUAGCAGUGAACGCGACCAAAGUACCAAAGCAGCCCAAUCACCAUUCGCUCGCGCUUUGUCGAAGAUGCAGAGUGCUAGCACGCGCAUAAUCUCCACACGUUUGAGUGAAGAAUGGGAUGGCUUGGAGGAUGAUGACAGCUAUCAAGAGAUAGUGUUUGAGAAACGGCUAUGGGCACUUACAGCAUAUCAACGCCUAACCCAAAAUAAGCCCCUACAGUCGCCUGCCCACGAAUUGCUUAGUGAUAGUCGGCCGGAGGAUCAGAGAAGAAUAUUGCAUAUACAUGGGUCUUUAGCUGAUGGCUGGGUGCUUGCAAGUCGCUACCCCAUGGCAACCGUAUACACACUAUCUUCGAUCAAGAGUCACCCUGUCACACAAUAUUCUGCACCUCUGAAUCAUCACUUACUUUAUGCGCCUUCACUUUCGUCACCAACGCCCUUUCCAGAUGGCUAUUUCGACGCCAUAAUCUCACGCUCCGUUGCAACCAGUCUUCGACACGAUGAAUGGGCACAGUCUUUUUUUGACAGCAUGCGAAUACUCAAGCCAGGCGGGCAUAUUGAGAUACUCGCAGUGGAUGCGCACAUGAGCCGCGAAGGGCCCAAGUUGUCAGCAUGGGUUGACGAGCACUUAUCAUGCAGAUUGGAGGCACAAGGCGUGAGCAAGCAACCUUCAGACACGGUAUUAGAUACUAUGGAGAUUGUAGGGUUGGAAAAUAUCCGUCGCGCGCGUAUAGCACUUCCAGCGCAACCACCCAAGGCCAUGGCCAAGGUCGCACCUGCUCAGUCACAUACCUUUGGUACCACCAUACCAGCCCCCACACCCCAAGAUACCCUAGAUACGUCAAGAAUGAUGGCUUUCUUGGGUCGUCUCAUGUAUCAAGGCUCAUACAACAAUUAUAUGCACGCAGAGCAGGGCGAUGAGUGGUUCUGGUCGCGCAAGGACAUUCGAGAAGAGUGCGAUCACUACAAGACGAAGUUGGUGCUUACUAUCGCAUGCGCUCAGAAACCUUAUGAUGGACACGGCAUGGAGACUUAUCUGGACAUUUAAAUAUGAGGAUCAAACGAUCAUCACAACAUCGAACUAGAAUGUUUUCACUG